GGGGUCAGGACAUCGUUUUGUGGAGCCCCCUGUGAGCGCUACACAGCUAUUUUUUGGGGUAGGUCAGGUCAAGUAUUACAAAGAUUUCAAACAUGGCGCUGACUAAUCCGAACCCUAUGGGACCAUGGAAGGUCACAGUUUACGACCAGGAGAACUUCCAGGGGAAGCGUAUGGAAUUCACUGCUUCCUGCCAGAACAUCAUGGAGUGUGGCAUGGACAAUAUCCGUUCCCUAAAGGUUGAAUGUGGCGCCUGGGUGGGGUAUGAGCACUCCAGCUUCUCUGGGCAGCAGUUUGUGUUGGAGCGGGGAGAGUACCCUCGCUGGGAGUCCUGGAGCGGCAGCAAUGCCUACCACAUUGAGAGGUUGAUGUCCUUCCGCCCAAUCUGUUCUGCCAACCAUAAGGAGUCCAAGAUUGUGGUGUUCGAAAAGGAGAACUUCAUUGGCAAACAAUGGGAGAUGAAUGAUGACUACCCCUCCCUGCAGGCCAUGGGGUGGGGUAACAACGAGAUCGGAUCCAUGCAGGUCCAGAGUGGAGCCUGGGUGUGCUACCAGUUUCCUGGUUACCGGGGCUACCAGUACGUCAUGGAGUGUGACCGUCAUGGCGGGGAGUACAAACACUACAGGGAGUGGGGCUCCCACGCUCAGACCUUCCAGGUCCAGUCUCUGCGCCGCAUCCAGCAGUGAGAGCCUCCACAGCCUCCUCCAUCUUUCAUCCCUCCUGCUCUUCCUUCUCCUCCUUUUCCUUCUUCACCCUAUCAUUCCUGUCAGACCUCUGAGACCAGCCACUCCUGACCCUUCUGGUGCUCCACAGCUAGAUGUUUACAGCGCCUUUGUUUUGUUCAAUUGCCCGAAAGAAGAAAAACUAGAAAACAAGAGAAAAAGAGAGAAAUCUGACGUAGAUGGAUACUCCCCGCAGCGGCGGUGAGAAGGUCCCGGGUGGUGUGGUGGUACGACUCAGGCUUUGAUGCUCUUCUUCUGUUGUCAAGGGGCAUUCACUGCCACGGUGAUCAAAACAGAAAGAAUGAGCAACAAAAAUAAAGAACAAUACAAGUGUCUGCUAUUAACCUG